AGGUGGAUGUGUUGAAGAACUGAAGAACCGUUCCUGCCAUGGUUCUUCCGUGGUGUCCUUUUCAUGGGCUGGAACAGUGGAUCAUGGGUCCGGGAGGCAGUCAGACGCUGGGGCUGGCUGGUGAAGUUUGGCUUGACACUGUGCUUCGCCGAGGGCCCCAUAAUUUCCCGUUCUCAUUCCAAAUUCCGAGGGGAAUCCCAUCAUCCUUCAAAGGGAAAAAUGGAGAAAUUGUGUACAUGGUUGAAGCAAAAAUUUCCAGAAGUUGGCGGUGGCCUUCAUCGGUGAAAAGAGAGAUCAAUUUUCUUUCAAAGGAUUUUCCAGCAAUUCAUCGAGCCAUGCGUCCAUUAUCUCGUUCAGUGGAUAAAGAGGUGGGGAUUUUCUCCAAAGGACAGCUCCAGAUGACUGCUUCAGUUAACCGAGGAGUUUGCUUUCCAGGUGGCACAUUGUCUGCCUCUGCCACAAUCCGCAACUCCUCUUCAAAAUCUGUGAAGCCCAAAUUCAGUUUGCACCAGAGGGUAGUGUACAGUGUCAAACAGCACACCAAGGUCAGUGAUAAAGUCAUAUUUAAAAGGGUUGGAGGCACAAUCAAACCCAGGUCAGAGGUGACGGUUCCCUGUGAAGUGAAGAUUCCUGUUGAUGCUGUCUGCACUCUCCACAACUGUCAAAUCAUUUCUGUUGAACAUUACCUCAAGGUGUAUUUGGACGUCAACUUUGCUUUCAAUCCAGAGGUGAUGUUUCUGCUCCUCAUUGUUCCGUCGGACCUUGUCCAUGCUCGGCUCAAUGAGGAAGUGGAGCACAUCUGAUCCUGCAGGAGCUCCAAGUGACAGCAACUUCAAGCCCUCUGUACCCAGUCACAGUUCCCAAUCAGCAUAUAAUCACAUCAAGUGUUUUUUUUUUUUUUUUAAAUCAAUGGCGACAAACUCUGAAUGGUUAUUGCUUUUGAACUUCCACUUCUUCACAGUUUUUUUUUUUUUUUUUUGUUUCAUGCAAGCUUGCAAGUAACUUCAAAAUUUUUAAGUCGGUGUGAAUGUGAGUGUGUUUCUCUGUGUUUGCUUUGGGAUGAACUGGUGGUACCCUGUGAAGCCGAGAACCUGUCAUAAAUCAUCAAAGCACUGUUUCAGUGGCAAAAGUAUAGUUAUAACUACAGAAAAGUGGAUUUCUGUCCUCAGAGAAGGAAUUCCUCGUCCCUCUGUUCAUGUGUCUCUGUGAUGGAUGGUCAAACAGAAGCUGCAUGGAGUGUUGAUGCCUCCCACAUGCUGUUGUCUCUAAACAGACAGGAGCACAAACUGUUUCCUGCCCUGAGGUGGGAUUUGUUUUGCCCUCGAAUGCUAUGUCAAUAACUACAAGCAAAACAGGAUGACUUUGAUAUGUCUGUGCAGCGAACUUUACAUUUCUCAUCUUUAACUGCUGCAUGUUGAAUGAAAUUGGGCCUUCCUCCAAGAUGGCGAAUGUUACAGACGCAUAGUAAAUAGUUCUUGGUAGUCGGUGAACAAGAACUCCACUAAACUCACAAGACUCGCAUCAAAAUAUCUAUAACUACAAGAUGAGUGGAAGAGGAAAAGGAAGAGGCCGCAGACACCCCAGAGUCAUGUCUGACAACAUUGAAUAUGAAGAGAGCGACCACGAAGACGUGCACGAGGAAAGCACAGAGGAGGACACGGAUCAUGCUAAGCUAAUGGUUGAGGGGCUAGCCUCGCUCAGCAAGGACAUUCAAGACUUUCAAACUGCCAUGCGAAGUGAUUUGACAUUGUUCAAAGAUGAGCUUAGACGAGAUAACUUCUCUUUGCCAAGAAAUGGAGCAGAAGCUUAAAGAAAGCGGCAACGAGAUGGCAGAGCAAAAAGCUAGCUUGGCUGAGGCCCAGACCCGUAUUACAGAAAUAGAGGAGUGGAACACCGAAGCUAAUGUGUCGCUGCAGCGCGUGCUGACCCACACACGAGGAAUUCAAGACAAGAUAACUGAUCUUGAAGCAAGAGCCCGGAGGAAUAACCUGCGCUUAUUCGGUCUCCCGGCAAAAGAAAUGAUUCUCAAAAAAGCCUGGGAAAAAAAAAGAAGUACGGGUUGGUGAGAAACUGAUUCAGUUCGACUACGAUUAUCCGCCUGAGAUUGUCCAAAAAAGGUGCUCAUACCUUGACGUGAAGAAAGAGCCGAAAGAGAAAGGCAUUUGUUUCCAAACCCCAUUCAUCAGAAUGCGCAUUCUUUGGAGCGGUGGCAUCCGGAGUUAAGCCAGGUUUACACUUACACGACUUUUUGCCACGAUGUUGUCGUGGCAAGGCGUGCCAAUCUGGAGUCACGAACCGGCAGACUCCCGCACUAUUCACGACGAGUUCACGCACAGUUCAUGAACAGUUCACGGACAGUUGGCGCACAGUUCACGGACAGUUCACGAAUGCGCCCGUCAGUGUCGCGAACUGACACGACGCAUUCACGGCAAAUUCACGCAUAGUUUGCG